AUUCGACGAUGGUUCAAUUUGUGGUUUGAUGGUGUCCGAUGCAAGUGAAAUGUUUUGACCGAUUUUAAAUUAAAAUUUUAGCAUAAAAUUGUGUUUAUAAUAAUGCAAAAGUUGUGUUAAAGUCGUGAGGCAGCUUUUCGCUAUACAUAGUACCUAAUAAAAACGUCGCUCGACUCGAAAUAACUGCUUUUAGGGCGUGUAACAGAAAAGGCAAGCCUAGUGAAAAUGGCCGAGUUUGCGUUUCUAUUGAAGCUGUUCGCUUUGUCCGGAUUCAGCCGCCGUUCCGCAGUCUAAAAACUCUAUCAGGACAAGUCCCCGUGUUCAUUGUAUCGACGUGUCAGACUUUUUCCUGUUUAAAACUGUUUUUAUUUGAUGUUUAUUGGUGUGGUUUCUAUGUAGAUAUCGUUUCGAAACCGUAAAGUUUAUUGGGAAAUUGCAGCCUGUUUCUGACUGAAAAGUAACUUCAAACCCUGGCUGAAUGUUAUGCUAGUUCAAUAUUGCCCUUCCUAGUUAUAUUUGGCCAAGGAAUGCCAUGUUGGAGGGAAGAAAAAAGAAACUAGAUCGCAGCGUAAAGCACACCACAUCUGAGUCAGCCACUGACACCACUGAAAAUGAUGAGAGUAUAAUGACAAGAAAACCCAUCCGAAUCCGUAGACAAAGAAUCCCAAUUCUACAGUCCGGAUAUUGUGCCAUUUGCAAUCUACCUUACAACAGUAUCGAAGAUCACAUACAGUCCAAAAAGCAUCAGAAACUCAUUGGUGAAGAUGCCAACUACAUUGCAUUGAAUAGUGCCAUUAACGGUGACGUUGGCAUCGAGUCCUUGUUGAGUUUAACUGGCAUUGAUGCAAUAGGUUUUGAUGAUUUCUCCCCAAAACGGAAACGUCGCACUAUGCCCAAGAAAAAAGCCUCGUCUGCGGUUACUGACAUUGUAAAGUCCUCCAAAAAGUUGGAAAAAGACACUGGCCACAAAUUAAGGUCAAGGAAACAUGUUAAUUAUUUGUCUCCACCAUUGGAUGUCCUGGAAGAGGACAGUUUUGAGGAAAAACCUUCGGAACCAGAAACGAAACCAUCCGACAAUGAAUUGAAAGCAUGGGACUCAGGAAGACCAAAAAGGAACUGCAACAGAAACCAUAAAAAAAGUUCCUCCGAGGAGCAAAUGGUAGAAAAUGAAAGUUUUUAUAAGGUAGAAGUAAAGACAAAUGAAAAGGAUAAACGUUAUAGUAAAGCGAAAGGAUCCAAAUCAGUUGAUUCAGAGAAAAAGUUGAUUGUAAAAUUCAAGAAACUCAGGAAUUCUGAACUAGUGCAAUUAAAUAAUGAAGCAACAAACUUUUUGUUUCCUAAAAAAGAUGAGUCAUCAUCGUCCGAAGACGAGCAAGAGGAAGAGGGACCAGAAGACAUCAAGACCGAACCAGAAGAAGGGGAGGAAGAUUCGAGUCUAACUGAAAGUCAUGAAGGUACCUCUAUUAGUGAGAUUGAAGACAGUAAACCUCUUGAAAAAUUUAAAGUUGAAGAUGAAGCUUCCAUGGACAGCAUAUCUUCUGAUGGCAAAACAAAAAAAAAGCGUAGGAGUCAUGCCGAGGCGUUGAUACUGGAUAAUCAGAAAUAUUAUAAAUUUGAGACUCCUGGAUCAAGUUCUUAUAGGUUACGAUAUCAUGGUUCCUAUCUAUCCCCUGUUCCUUCUGCGAAAGGCAACGGCGACCUGACGAACACCGAGGCUAAAAUUGAGCUCAAAGGGGAAACAACCAAAAAGGAGAAAGAGACUAAAGAAAGACUGAAAGUGAAUUUGGAGGAGUACACAUUUUCCUUCGAAAUGGUACCUGAACAAGAAAAGUGGUAUCAGACGUUCCAGAGGCAGGACCGGGCUGAACAACGAUAUAAUUUUUGUCCAAAUUAUCAUUGGAAUGAUUUUGUCAUGCCUCACCAAAUCCCGCAUCUGAGACCACUGGAUCCGAGAGUUUGCUACAAUGCAUACAAACACCUGCAUAAAUGUAUAUGCACAGCAAUGCAAGAACCUGAACCAACUCGCGAGAGCCAAGAAGAAUCUGAGGAUGUUCUAGAAGCUUCUCCUGAGCCUGUAGCUGUUCUAGAGCCGCCAGUACAGCACACUGACGAGGAUAGUAAAUUAAGUGAAAUAUCGUCAGGCUCGGCUGCAACAACGGAAGAAAUCAAAGAGAUUACCUCAGUCGCUGAAAAGCAAAUAAAGAGAAGACGGGGUAGGGAAAUAUCGAUAUCACCAAGUUUAUUGUGUUCUGCUACAAAAAAUGCUCGAAAAUCACCUAGACAACAUGCUUCCACUUUGGCUAUUUUAAGUAGUUUGGGCCAACAAAGAAUAAGAAGAUCAAGAAAUGCUAAUGUUACUGUAACUAGUGAUUCUGUAACUCUGGAAACAAUCCCUGAAGAAGUCGUGCCAUCUGUGGUUGAAGAAAAGAAACCUGCCACUCCUCAAAAGCAGCGUAAAAAGAAAAUCGAUUAUUUUGCACUUGCGGAGCAAAUAGAGGAAGAAUUAAAUACAGCUCUUAAUUUUGAUACUGAUUUCACUCCAACCACUCAACCAGAUGAUAGUUUUCUAGAGAAAAGGCCAAAUGUACUUGACAUCUUUAAAAAGUAUGAUGAAGAUAAGGCAAAAGAAAAAGAAAAUAGUUGUCGCAGGUUCUUUAAUGGGGCCCCUGGAAGGAAACCUGGCAAAAGAAAGAAAAAUUUAACAGGUUGGCCGACAACAAAGAAGCGAAAAGUCGUUAAAGGAGAAAUAAGCGGCACUAUUGAUGAAUCUGACGACGAUGGAGAUACUAGUGACAGUAUUAUAGAAGAUAAACCGAAAGUUGACAUAGAUGAUAGAGAAAACAAAUGUGGUCAAGAUAAUGGCAACAGGGUAGAAAAAUCUAGUGAUAUUAGGGAUAGUUUAUUGCAACCUUAUGUGUAUGUAAAGAAAUUAGACAAUUGUGAACCAUUACUGGUUAAGAAAAUAAUUAUUAAGCCUCCUGUUAGAAAGGCGAUAAGGAGGCCACAAAGAAAGAUCCCACCUACAACAAAACCACCUCGGAUGCUACGGAGGCAUAAAGGCCGUUGGUAUAGAGAUAGAUAAUAAUUUUUUUUUUUUUACUUCCUAUUUAUUGUUUAAUUUUUUUCUCAAUUUUUCUCUUUUUGAAGAGAUUUUCACAUUCUAGGAUUCCUUUGUGAGAUUUAUACGUUCACUCAAAAAGAUAGAAAAAUAAUCAGUCCUGGAUCUCAUUCCUAUAUUAAACAUUUUGUUGGAAGUAUGAAAGUUACUUUUUUGUUGACCAUUAUAAAAGACUUUCUUCUUCUUCCUAGUACAUUCGGGUUUCGGUACGAGUGAACUUAUAUAUUACUGGCUGGAAUCCUAGACUUUAUAUAUUUUCUACCAAAAUAAUUGUUAAGUGUAGAUAUUUAAUUUUAUAUUUGAUAGGGAGAUAAGUUUAGGGGCGCUAUCAUUUAACUAAUCAAUAUUUUCCAGCGUCCCUGCUAUAGCAUAUUGAAGAUGAAUUCUUUAAUAAAUGAUUUUGAACAUUUA